AUGUCACUCGAAGAAACGGCGAACACGGCUAAGCAGCCGCCGCAGCUUAACAAGCAGGAGACUAACCAGUCGACGGCCAGCGCUGCUACUUUAGAUCCGCUGUCCGGGCAUCUGAACCAUCUGUCGGAGAAGCAGUCAGAGGCCCUCGAGGCGUUCAAGCAGCAGUGCAUAGAGCGCAACAUUUAUACGCCGGCCAAGGACGGCCAGAAGGCGAGCCAUGAUGAUUCAACCUUGCUACGGUUCCUUCGAGCUCGUCGGUUCGAUGUGAACGGCGCCCUGGGCCAGUUCCAGUCGACGGAGGACUGGCGGAGGGACAACGAGAUCGAUAAGCUAUACGAGAACUUCGACGUCGACUCGUACGAAGAAGCUCGCAAAGUGUAUCCGCAAUGGACCGGACGGCGAGACCGCAGAGGCAUACCGAUAUACGUCUACACCAUCAAGGAUCUAAAUAGCAAGAACAUGACGGCCUAUUCAUCGUCUGCGGCCAGCACUGCUACCUCAUCUACACAUGCCUCGUCGAAGGUGCCGGCGCGGCUCCUGCGUCUUUUUGCACUGUAUGAGAAUAUGGUCCGGUUCGUGCUGCCGUUGUGUUCACGUCUGGACCGGCCAAACAGAGAGGUGCCUAUUGUUAAUACCACAAAUAUUGUUGAUAUAACCGGAGUCGGCUUGAAGCAGUUCUGGAAUCUGAAGGGCCAUAUGCAGGAUGCAAGCACCUUGGCUACUGCACAUUAUCCCGAGACCCUAGAUAGAAUAUUUAUUAUUGGUGCUCCUGUCUUCUUCCCUACGGUCUGGGGCUGGAUAAAGCGCUGGUUUGACCCUGGAACGACAUCGAAGAUAUUCAUUCUCACUGCCGCCGAGGUACAGCAGACGCUCUCCGCGUUCAUGGAUGAAGAGAAUAUCCCGAAGCGGUACGGAGGCAAGCUUGACUGGGACUUUGGCGACAUGCCGAACCUAGACGAAGACGCUAGAGCCCAAAUUGGCUCGCUGGAGAGGGUUGGCCAGUACGCUGACCAGCCAGAGGACAGCGAAGGGGCCGCAAAGGACACUGCAACCAGAAAGGCCAACUUCGUCAAGGGACCCAUCGUUAUCCACGACGACAAGAUAGAUAUCUACGGCAGCGUCAAGGGAGGCAACAGACGGAAGACUCUACCCAUCAUCAGCUUGAGCGAGAAGCCUGACAUCCAGCCUGCAGAGCCGGAGUCAAGUGAAACCUUUGAUGCAACUGUCGAGCUAUCCAAAGACCUAGAGAAGGCCGCCCUGUCUCGUAAUGAGAAUGAACCUCCGACUGCAAACGUCGUUGCUCAUGCAUGA